GUACCUACGGUACCUACGGUACCUACGGUACCAUGGUACACUCAGGUCCGAGUCAGGAGCUCGAGUCAGUUGUCCAGAUAAGGCAAAAAGGACUGCUAAUCUCCUUGACGACGCAAGUCUUGUGCACCCAAGAGUGCCAAACACUGCACACGGAAUGAUGCCACCAGCCGCUCGCGCGGCUGCUGCGCGGUUCGGUCGCGCGGCGCUCUCGAGCAGCCGGAGCGUCGCCGAGAAGCAGCGCCGGGCCAUCCUCGACGCGAGUGGUGAUUUGGGCGCGGCGCUCGGCGUCGGCGGGUUCGGGCGCGAGCUGGAAGCCGUCAUGCGACGCGUCCUCACGUCGCGGCUCGUGUCGCGCGAGACGCGCGAGCGUUGCGGGCUGCGCCACGCGCGCGGCCUGCUCCUGCGCGUUGCGGGGCGCAAAACAGAUUUACGGCGCGUUCGUCGUCGAGCAGCGAAUUUUUCGAUUGCGCGCAGGCACGGCCCGCCGGGGACGGGCAAGACGCUGAUCGCCCGCGGCAUCGCCAAGCUCCUCAGCGAUCGCAAGCCGAUUCUCGUGCGGGGACCCGAGGUGUUCUCGCACCUCCUGGGCGCGUCGGAGCAGGCGGUCCGGGGGCUCUUCAAGCCGGCGGACGACGAGUGGGCGCGGAUGGGCUCGCAGUCGUCGCUCCACGUCGUCGUCCUGGACGAGUGCGACAGCAUACUCCGGAAGCGCGGCGGCGGGGCCACCGGGGACGGCAGCUUCGGCGGCGCGGCGCGCGACGGCGUCGUCAACCAGAUCCUGGCCAAGCUCGACGGGCUGGACGACCAGAGCAAUCUCCUAGUCAUCGGCACCACCAAUCGCGAGUUGCCCGCGCGGAAAUUGAUGGGUCCAUGUAUCAACCACGGCGCAAUAGUCGGAUGCGCAGGUAUGGAUCUGAUCGAUCCGGCGGCGCUGCGUCCCGGUCGCCUCGAAGUACAUUGCGAGGUCGCGCUGCCCGACGCCAGCGGGCGCCGCGAGAUCCUGGCGCUGCACGCGGCAAAGCUCGGGCCCGCGCUCGCGCUCGACGGCGAGCGGCUCGCCGACGUCCUCGGUCGCGUCGCCGACGAGAAAACGCAGAACUUUAGCGGGUCCGAGCUGGAGGCCGCCGUUCGCAACGCCACGUCGUACGCGCUUCAGCGCGCCGUCGCGGCCGACGAUCCGGACGCCGUGGUCGUCACCGCGGACGACCUCUUGCGCGGCGCCGACGAGGUCGUGCCGGUCUUCGGGCGCGCGCGCCGGGCCGGGCCGCCCGCGGGGGACCUUCCCGCCGCGUCGCUAGCGGCGUGCCGGGAAAGGGCCGCUCGUGUCGUCGCAACCGCCUCGACUUCGGACGAGCGGCGCGCCGCCGUCGCGCUCGUGGGUCCGCGCGGCGCGAGGAAGAGGGCAACCGCCGCCGCGGUCCUCGAGGACACCCCGGCGCUGGCCUUCCAGCGCACCGUUGCGGCCGCCCACCUGGCGGGCCGGGACGUCGACGCGGCGCGCCGGAGCCUCGUCGAGCUAUUCGACGACGCGCGGCGUUCGCCCCUGCGUGGAAAUCAACCAGUGAGUCAGGUCACCCGAGAGUUAUUGCGAGAGAUCCUCGUCAACCUCCACGCCGGCGCGCAGACGCGGUCGCGGGAUGGCGUCGCGUCGAUGGCGUGAACUUUUGAUUUCUAUUCAGGUUCGCCCUCGGCCGCCGUGGUCCUCCACGACCUCGAGCUCCUGCACCCCGACCUCUAUCCGUGCCUCCGGGCGCUCCUCCGCGACGACGACGCGUGCGGCGACCACCGCCUGCUCGUUCUGGCCACCGUCAACGCCGCCUCCGACGAGGCCCUUCGCGAUCUUCUCGAGCCGUUCGAGUGCAUCGAUGCCGCGAUGCCGUAAUUAUACUGAAAGCUUAGUGCCGCUUCGACGUAGAGCUUCGACGACGUCUUGGCAUAUUGCCUAGUCACGGUGUCGAAUUAAAAGCCAGCCUGAGUCACGGUGGGUUCCCAGUGCGUCGAAGGAGAAACUAGGUAGGCCUCGCGCCAGUGGCCUAUGGGGCCCCUCCCCUACCCCUCUAUAAGUCCCCCGGGUAAGAAACACCCC